AUGGUGGACAGAUUAAGUCUUGAGAAGACAAAGCAUCCUCGCCCAUAUAAGUUAAGGUGGCUAAACGACCAGACCAAGCUCAAGAUCUCCGAGCAAGUGUCCAUACCGUUUAGUAUCAGCAAAUACCAUGAUCAAGUCACUUGUGAUGUGGUACCCAUGCUAGCAGGACAUCUAUUACUCGGUAGACCGUGGCAAUUCGACCGAGCCACGACCCACAAUGGCCGCACCAACCAUUAUUCUUUCAUGCACAAGGAGCGUAAGUACAAUCUUGCGCCUCUAAGCCCCACCGAGGUACAUGAAAUGCAAGUGCACAAGAACAAAGAAUCCGAGCUAAGUAAAAAAAGUCGUUAUUUAUCAUCUAGUGAUGUUUAUAAAACCAUGAGUGCCAAUGGCACCAUGCUACUAAUGAUGUUUAAAGAGUGUCUAAGGGCAGGUCUAGGUGACUCUGAGAUACCACUUGAAGUACAAGCUAUUCUGAACAAGUUUCAGGAUGUAUUUCCCAAAGAGAUACCACCAGGAUUGCCACCACUUCGUUGA